UCGGUUGUUUUUAUCAGGUGGACUUUAAUCUCUCGGACGACACAUCGAUGAAUUAAUUAAUUUCAAGAAUGUAGCCAAAGAUUUAGUAGCUGACUGUGUAAUGACUUCGGUGAAGUCGUUAAAAAACAAAUAGAUAGCGGCUAAGCGGUCACCAGCUGGUCACUUAGCCGCUAUCUCACAAUUGUUUACGACUUGACGUGGAGAGACGCAUGACUGCACGUAUAGGUGUGCGUGGAACAAUCCGAGGAAAUAUCCGUUCGUCAUUGACGUGAUACGACUUUGAUCAUGUGGUGUGCCAUGUAGAAUGCUUCAUGUUCCGUAGAUGAGAGAGAGAGAGAGAAAGAAUAUCUACGGGGAUCGAGGGAUCCUUAACUGAUCGAUUUCCGCGAUUUCCCAUCGAGCCAGUUGUAGCAAUUCGUGCGAGAUAACGUUUGGUCGCGCAUCGAUAACGUAGCCGGUGUUAUGUAAUUUUAUCAUGAUACACCGUCCAACAUCCUCGCCACGCAAUCAGUACACCGCGAAACUCCGAGCUUCUGGCAACUUUUCCGAAAGUUCUUCCCCGCUCGGCCUGCACGAUUUCACUUUCUGGAAGUAAAUUUUGAUAUUCUGGAGUUGCGUAAAGACACAUACCUUACACAUUGCAUGUGUUUGAAAAUAUAAUGAUGUAUUAUUUCUGAAUGGAGAAUUAGAUUUUCAAAGUAAUUUAAUAUUAACAAGUAACAAACAGCACGAUACGAUAAGCAAUGACGAGCGGAUCUUGGAAUGUUCUGGUGACGGGAGGUGCUGGUUAUAUUGGUUCUCACACUGUCUUGGAACUAUUGCAAGCAGAUUUUCAGGUGGUGGUAAUAGACAACCUAAGCAAUGCAUACAAAGAUUCAACUUCUGAAAAACCAGAAUGUCUUCUCAGAGUGGAAAAAUUGACAGGCAAAAAUAUCAUAUUUAUUAAUUGUGAUAUUGUAAAUAUCAAUGACCUGAGAAGCGUGUUUCAGAAGCACACAUUCCAUUGCGUUAUACAUUUUGCUGCACUGAAGGCAGUUGGGGAAUCAUGUCAGAAACCACUCGAGUACUAUAGAGCCAACGUCACUGGGACUGUAAAUUUACUGGAAGUUAUGUUGGAAAAUAACGUGAAGCGUUUCAUUUACUCCAGCAGCGCCACGGUUUAUGGGGUACCUGAGAAACUUCCUCUGAUGGAAAAUAUGAAGACUGGCGAUUGCACAAAUCCUUACGGAAGGACGAAAUUCAUGGUCGAAGAAAUAUUGAAGGAUUUGUGUAUAUCAGACAAGGAAUUUUCCGUUAUAUCAUUGAGAUAUUUUAACCCCGUUGGUGCUCAUCCUUCAGGUCAGAUCGGUGAAGACCCAAAUGGUAUUCCAAAUAAUUUGAUGCCCUACAUCGCGCAAGUUUCUGUCGGGAAGAGAGACACAUUGUAUGUUUAUGGCAAUGACUAUGACACGCCUGAUGGCACGGGUGUACGUGAUUAUAUCCAUAUCAUGGAUUUGGCAGGAGGACACGUUAAAGCGAUGAUUUAUCAAAAGACUGAUAAACCAACUGGAUUUAAACCGAUAAAUCUUGGUACCGGUAAGGGUUAUUCCGUACUCGAAGUUAUACGGGCAUUUGAGAUAGCAUCCAGGAAAAAAAUACCGUACAAAAUAGUCGAACGUAGGCCUGGUGACAUAUCUGCUAGUUACGCGGACGCUAAUAUUGCUAAGAAGGAACUUGGAUGGGUCGCCACGAAGACUAUGGAUGAUAUGUGUAUGUGUAUAUGUGCGCAGACACGUGGAGAUGGCAGCAAAUUAAUCCAAAUGGUUAUAAACACUAAUAGAUAUCUGUCGUAUCUAAGUGACUAUAUAAAGAAUCGAAAAGUGUUAUACUUUACUUUCCAUAUCAUCGGAUAGAUAACGAAACCAUGGUGGUAUAUAGUUACCAAAGUUUAGACCAAAGUGUAAGAAAGAAGUAGUUAUUUUUAUCUUCUGUUACAUUAAGUGAUUCUAACAUGAAUUCAUCCAAUAUAUUUUAACAUUUAUACACGUUGAAGUUAAAUUCUAUAAUUGCAAUGUGCUGUGCCAUUUUAAAUCUAAAUAUCGCACAAUAUAUGAACAAUAUAUCGCGAUAAGAGUAUGUAUAGUCUCCCAUAUAAGUACAAAAAAUAAUACUUUUGUAUGUAUUCGUGUACAUGUAUCAUUAAUGGUGUAAAAGGUGUAAAUGAAAAAAAUAUCGAUAUAAAUAAAACGAAUUUACAAUUUAU